UGUACGUCACUGUCAUAAAAUUCAGAUUGACAUUUACUCUUUUUUAUUUCCAUUGUAAUAUUUAAAAAUGACCGAAAAAUCUUUUAAAACACGCGCUCCUUUUGGAACUGCUACAAAACGUUUCAACAAGCUUGGUUUUCAUCCCGAAUUAGAUGCGUCUGGGGCUAUGAAGAAACAAAUUACGAAAGUAGGACCUGGUAGUUAUGAUCCACAGUAUCCCCAUUGCAAAUCAAAGAAAGGAAUUUGCUGGAAAACGAAAUUAGAAACUGAGCUAGUUUCAAAGUUUUUGGAUUAUAGAAAUGCAAAAAUUCUUUAUGAGCGAGAGCUUGAUAAAACUUUAAGAGGGCCCGGCUCAAAUGAUGUCAAUGAAAAUUUGUACAAAAGGCAAGAUUCCUCUGUACUGGCAAAUAUAGGUUUCGGAACUGGAGAAAGAUUCAAGGACAGCGAUAUCGACCAUAUCCCAGCACCUAAUACCUAUUUUCGAAAGAUACAAAAUACAUCAACAGUUCUUCACAAGAAUUUUUCCAAUCUUCCAACAUUUGAAAGGGAUGGAUUUUCUGAUAGAUUCAAAUCCAACGCACCAAAAUAUACUUUGGCACCGAAUUGGUAUCAUCCCCAAGAUGGUAAAGGGAUUGAUGCAAAAUCACAGAGAGUUGUUUCACUGAGGGGUCCAUAUGAUUUAUUUACUGGUCCCAGGGAUGAAUCUACGAUAAAAAAUCACUUUGGUGUGUCAAAUACAAAAGUUCCAGAUUACUUUUUCGUCGAAAAAAGUACUGUUGACGUGCUUUUACACCACCCAUCCAAAUCAAAAACUGGAAAAUUCCAGCAAGGCGCCCGAUUCACCAAAAAACCUACAGUAAGACACAUGCUAAAUGAUCUCAGCUUAUGCUACAGGAAUCCAAGAGAUCCAGGGCCGGCUCAUUAUGAUCUUUCAGCUCUGACCAGUAUUCAGCGAAAACGAGAAAAUAUGUAUGCCUUCAACACAUCGAAAGAAAGUGCCCGACCACCUCCAAAUUGGACAAUUUCACCUGGGCCUGGUAGAUAUACGCCAAAGGCCCCAAGAUGCAUGAAACUCAAAAGACCUUCUUGGGUGUUUUUGUCAAAAAUUCAAAGGCGAAUUUACGACCUUGUUGAGUAUAAUAUUUAUUAAAAUGUUGAAACAG